AUGCUGGACGAGCUCUCCCGCGGAGUUGCCCCAGUGCAGAGGAGGAGAUCAUCAAGGGGGUCCAACGGGCAGCGUAUCGGAGGACAUAUGCGGAUAGGCAAGCCCAGCACCAGUACCAACACCAGCCCACGACAUUCGAUGAUGCAAGCACGGCGGAGGACCCUGAUCAACGACGGCUUGAUGGCGAAGCGGGUAGAGGACCAGGCCUACCUCCUCACGCCAGGUUCGGACUCGUCCAACUUUGUCCCCUCGGAGCCAUCCAAGCGGGCGCCUCGGCCUGUCAGCUGGCACCCCUCAUCCCAUAUGGUGCAGCAUCAAGUUCCUCUACAGCAACCCGUGAUGCAGAUGCCCUACGCCCCUUACAGCCAGUCCGACCUGCUCAUGGGAUUCCCUCAGUUUCCCCCAACCCCCGCAGCUUACUCGGAAUACAACUCGCCGGCCGGGUUCUCUCCUCUGGCAUUGCCCACCUCGUUCACGGCGUUUGAGCAGCCCAGCUACUUCGCCAUGAACAACAACUGGAACGCGUACAACCAAGCACCGGCGUCGGAGGUGUUCCCGUCUCCUGCAGCAUGCCCACAGAUGACGGAGCCGUUUUCGGUGCUCUCGGGGUCGUCCGAGACUUCUCCGCCGUGGGAGAUGCACCAGGUCGGCAACAUGGGCAGGUGCACGGCACCGCCUACGCCCGAGAAUUUCUCUCCAGCUCAGCAACAGGCACCGCAGGUGUCUUCAGACGAGCCCGCGCUCUUCCCGCCGCUCGACGACGAGGAGGAAGGCGAGAUCUUGAUCGGCAUGGGUCUGUAUGACCCUCCGGAGAAGGAGGCCGUCGACCCGGCCCUCGGCAACUACAUGGCCUCGGUGGCCAGCCACCUGGGACCCAACUACCCUCGAGAGCCGACAGGAAAGGGGCUGAAGCUCGAGGACGCGUGGGAGCCGCCAGAGAUGUCGGACGGCGAGGACGACGGAGACAAGGAUGCCGAGGGCGAGGAUCAGGACGACUAA